AUGUCUCCGAAUGAGCGUUUGAAGCUAGUCAAGGAGAACCAUGCAUGUUACAGUUGCCUCAAGAAAGCUGGAAGAGAUCAUCGUGCAGCCAACUGUAGUCGAAAGCGUCCAUGUUCUGAAAUGGUCAACAACGCAUCAUGCAACAAAAACCACCAUCCCUUGUUACAUGCAGCUACAAACCUUAUCGGUAUGCUGGCUUCAACAGUAAAGACCAAAGAAGCAUUACUACCAGUUGUAUCAGCCUUUGUUCUCGGCAACAAUGGCAAACGUGAGAAAGCGAACAUUCUUAUGGACUCUGGUACACAAAUCACCCUGGUGAGAAAUGAUUUGGCGCAGCGAUUGAAGCUAAAGGGAAAGGAUGUUUUCAUCACAAUGACGACAGUUGGGGGCAAGAAGAGAUGA